GAUAAAGAAAGGGGUGGAGACCCAUCAUCCCAGACGCUAAAGACCGAGAAACGGACGAGCGAAACACUUGUUAUAUUGUCAGAACUACUUGUCAUCAUAUGAACUUCCUUUUUAUUGCUUGUUUACUCGAGUCAGAGAUUAUGUUUGACCUUGGGUCGAUAAAAGGAAAAGAACAACUCCAUUGUUGAAAAUUUCGAAUCUUUUUGGACGUUUCUUGUGUGUAGUUCAAAGAAGAAACAAUCACACGUCAACAUCCGAUUGUUGUUCAUUCAUCUCCAUUUCCUUAUCCUUAUCGUCAUCACUAUCGUCAUCAUUCAUACCGUUCCUGUCCAUCGACCACAACAACUAUAGUUUCCUCUUCCUACACAACCGACUUCAAGUACGAAAAUGGUAGUUUUUGUUGAUUUUGAAGAUGAUUCCGAGCCUCCAGAGCAAAUGGUAAAUGAAUUGAGCCAUUUGCAGAAUGGAAUAAAUGGAUUUCAAAAGCCUGUUUGGGGCGGAUUUGCGGAGGCGAAUCAAGGGACAAAUGCACUUGCAUUGUCGUUGGAUCAAGACAACAGGGUGAAUCCAAAUAAAAAUGUCAUCACAGAGGCAUUGGGCUGUUAUCCUAUCAUAUCUGUCAUCGCAUCUAAUAUCGAUCUCAACACUCUCGAUGCACUCUCUCAUACGUGCCGUCAAGUUCGUGUCAACCUCCUUCAAUUUCGCUCCAAGCUUCUCAAAUCCACCCUCCACUGCGAAAACGAGGAUGUAGAACUCGAUCCUGAACAUACAUUUCGUUAUCGAGCGCGUGCCGCAGAUUACUAUUUUGUUGAAAGCGGACGCGAUGCACACGGAAGUGGAAAAGUGGGUGAUUGUGCCAGAGAUUUAGUGGGAGAGUGUCGCAAGUGCGGAAGGGUGGUUUGUAGGAACUGCACUAUUAAACCACCUGGCCCCGUUCUCUUACGUCACCGUCAUCGACGCAUGUGUAAGACAUGCUCGAAGGCUCCUCUUUCUUUUUUGGUCGCUAGCUCUUCAUCAUCAUGUUCCCCCUCUUCUUCCUCAAACACACAUGAUCAUGCCCUUUCAUUAUCCCCUGAAGCAAUCAAAGAUUCUCUCUGUAAUUGCCCAACAGCUGUUUGGCUCUGUCAACCCUGUGGACGCUCUCUUCGCUCCACCGAUCAAGAAUACGAAGGUAUCUGGAAAUGGCGCACACGCUACCUCCCAUCCCUAGGUGGUCUCGGCGUUGGUAUUGGUGAAGGAAACCGUGGUGUUCCAUGUGGCCGUGGUAAUACCUGUCUAGCCGCCAUAGAAGUAGAACAAGAAACCGACUGUGACGCCGAAGACGCGCGUGAAUUCGAAGAAUCUAGUCGAGCUGGGUCUCCAGCAUCCAGUCCUGGAGGAAGUAUAUUUGGAGGCACGAGUCCGAGUAGCAGCGAGAGGAAUUUAAGCCUAGGGCCUGGAUAUGCGAGACAUGAGAUUGAGGGAAUUGGAGGGGUCAUGAAAAAGAAAAGGGUUAAGAUGGUGAAGGUAGGGGCUUGUGUGCCGGAAUUUGGUGAUGAGAAAAGUGAGGGGAGGUAUUUAGUCAGGGAAAUGGAGGGGAGGGCAAGGAGUUGGUGUGGAUGGUGUCAUAGAGUUGUUAAGGGGAGCGACGAUGUCGUCUAACGAACUAAGCUAGCGAAGUGGUGGAUGGAGUGAAAGGAGCAGAAUGUAGGGGCCACAAGAGUGCAAUGCGCAUCAAAAAACAAGCAAAAGUUAAAAAUGCUGGUAUUUCUAGUAGCGAUUUCGAUAGAGGCAUGAGAGCAUAGCACACAACGUGCAUGAAAAGUGAGAGUUAGGAUACCUAAGUAUAUACACAUGGUCGAUGAUGAUAUGCAAGCAUUGGAGGACAAGGCGCUUACCUAUGGAAUUAAUGAUACUUUUGUUCUUCAAUUCUUCCAUUACAGAACUCAAUACAUUAUUUUCUGCUCGUUUCCUACCUGAGCCUAGACACAAACGAGGAGAUAAUGAGAUGAUGAUAUAAUAGCAAAAAAUAAAAGCGCACAUGCA